UUCCCCUCGCUCUUCCCGCCGCUCCCAUACGUUGACUUCGUCUGUACUCUAGUUCACAUGAAGAGGAUGUGAUCCGUUCUCGAAGAUUUUUUAAACUAUCCUUAUAAGGUGUUAGAAGAUUGUGUCGAAGUAACUUUGAGAGCAUACGUCCACCAACCUGCUGUUUUGUUUUUCAAUAGAAUUUAAAGACAGAACACCAGGGAUCCUCAUUGUUGCCCCCCCCCCCAAAAAAAGGGCAUAUCACAAGAUUAUAUCACUUGGUGCUCUGAUCUUCUCCGCUUUGCCUGUUCAGAUUAUCUUUGCAAAACCGCAGACAUAUGCGUCUCCCUCCAAUCAUCAGAUGGCUCCUCCAAGCCCCAGCAGCAACAGCGGCAAUACCAGCACCAUCAGCAACAUCAGCAAUAAUGGCGUCGAGCAGCUAAGCAAAACCAACCUGUACAUCCGUGGCCUCCACCCCGGAACCACAGACCAGGAUCUGGUCAAACUCUGUCAGCCCUAUGGGAAAAUCGUGUCCACAAAGGCUAUACUGGACAAGACAACCAACAAGUGCAAAGGCUAUGGCUUUGUGGACUUUGACAGUCCAGCCUCGGCUCAGAAGGCAGUGACAGCGCUGAAGGCGGUGGGCGUGCAGGCUCAGAUGGCCAAGCAACAGGAGCAGGACCCCACCAAUUUGUAUAUUUCCAACCUGCCGCUUUCCAUGGACGAGCUGGAGCUGGAGAACAUGCUUAAGCCCUUUAGCCAGGCUAUUUCGACACGCAUCCUGCGGGACGCCAAUGGAAUCAGCCGAGGAGUGGGCUUUGCCAGGAUGGAGUCAACAGAGAAAUGUGAGGCCAUCAUCCAGCAUUUCAAUGGAAAAUAUAUCAAGACUCCACCCGGAGUUUCAGUUCCACCAGAGCCUUUAUUGUGUAAAUUUGCUGAUGGAGGCCAGAAGAAGCGCCAGAGUCAAGGAAAAUAUCUGCAAAACGGACGGAGCUGGACCAGAGAUGGAGAGACUGGUGGAAUGACCCUUACAUAUGAUCCCAGCACCGCCUUAGCAAACGGGUUCUACUCCUCUCCCUACAGCAUGGCUCCCAACCGGAUGAUCGGGCCCGCCUCGCUUUCUCCUUACAUGCAUUCACCUGUGUCCGCCUACCAGGUACACGCAAGUGCUUGUGGGAAUUUGUUCUCAUUCAAAAAGUCAACACAAGUGAUGACAAAUGUGACAAAAUUUUCACAUUUGCUUGCUUGCCAGGUGCAUAACCCUUCUUGGCUUCACCACCAGUCGUACAUCAUGCCGCCCACGGGAGCUGUCCUGACGCCGGGGAUGGAGCACACCAUGUCCAUCCAGCCUACGUCCAUGAUGGCGCCCCUGGCACAGCAGCUCAGUCACCUCUCCAUGGGCAGCAGCGGCACGUACAUGCCUGCAAACACAUCUAUGCAAGGGACGUACAUCCCCCAGUACACCCAAGUGCCUCCCGCCAACAUCUCAGUCGAGGAAAGUGCCGUCCAACAGCCUGUUGCAAUCGAGACACGCACUGAACACACAAGCUACUCCUACCAGCAUGACAAGUGAAGGCAACAAUCUCUCUUUUGAAGAACAUGGACUGUUACACAAAGAGGACACUUUGUAGUUUUUUUUUUUUUGGUUGGUUGGUUGUUUUUUUUGUUCUUUUGGAACUACUCCAGUCUGACAAAGAUGGUGAAUGUCAGGCGAAAAGGCGUUUGGAUGGACUGAAGUAGGCGACUGUAUUUUGAUGAACACACAUUUCAAGCCAACAUGUUUUGCUUUGGUUUGUUCUGUGGGGAGCUUUUCCCCGCUUCUUUUUGUUGUAUAUAUACUUGUGUUUGUUGGUGUGAUUCUUGCUCCUUGUGCCCCCAAUGUUUGUUAAAAGACAAAGCAACUUGAGUCCGUUUAGGAGACAUUUACUCCCAAUUUGACAGCGUAACUCUUUAAAUUUGGGUGGAUGACAGAGGGGUGGGGGGGCGUGAAUGAUACAGUGGCAGUUGAAUCUGUUCUGAAAGCUAACUAGAAGAGAGAGGGGAGUGUUGUGCUCAAGUCAUUUCCGGAUGCAAGCGUCCUGACGACGCUUUCGACAAUCAGACAAUUCCUGUAAUCACGGUGCUUGAUUAGAGAGAGAAGAGCAACAUUGAUUGAAUCAUUCCAGUGAAUAUCUUUGCUUGUGCUUAAAAGAAGUGCUAAUCAUGUUGCUUUCCGUACUACAGUCACACCUGACUUCUUGGAAUAUUCAAACAAGUUGGCCUGCACAUCACGAGUGCAUUUUCUCCUUUUCUGCAAAAGGGCUGACAUCCCCCAAUUGUAUUUCUACCAAACUGUCUACAUCCAUAUGAUAAAAUAUGGACCGCAGGUGUAAGAAGCAUAGCUCUGCCUUCUUGUGGCCAAUGGCAUGCUUUCAUACUGGCCUUUUUGUUGUGACUGCUUUAUGUUUUGGGGUGUGCUAUUUUUGUAUUAUUUAAAUGUUUUCGGUUUCAUUCAUGUAUGAUGUUUUUCAGAUUCAUCCUAUUUUUCAAAGAAACCCUGAUUUUUAUUUUUGAUAGUGUGUUGUGUGCAUCAACGGUGUUUCCAUAUUUUUGGUAUGUUUAAACGUUUUAUUUGACGUUCUGUGUGUCGUUCAAUGUCAUCGAGGCUUUAAUGUGUAUUUUUGUUUUGUUUGUUUUUCCAGCUAUUUCUUUUGCAUCUGUUACAAACUUCAUGAGCAUGAUUCCUGAUCUGGAAUUGAUUCUUUGUUGUUGAGGCUACGUUUACAUCACGUUCCCAGCAGCCACGGCAGCCCCGUUUGCCCGAAACGUCCUGCACGACAGGGUUUUCGACAUAUUUUUCCUCCGUGUUAGAUUCUCAGUCUGUUGUGGUGCCGCACUAUGUUUGAGUUUACCGGACGUUUUUGGAUCCUUCAUACAUAGCACACUGUGUGAAUGAUUUCUGCAGAUCAACGUCUGACACCCGGCAUCGUUGGAGCGUUUAUUGUCCCAGCAGUCAUUUGAAGCUCCAGAGUGCGCACCCUCCAUACAACCUUUGAUGAAAUUGUAGUAUGUUUUCUGUCAACGACAAAUUCAUUAGUCCAUCUUUUUGUUCCGUGCAAAACAGCCUGUGAACAUAUGAGAUUGUGUUGCCGUGCUCCCGUCCACUUUGCACCGCCUCCUAAUCGUUCCAUGUUAUUAUGAACUGUACUCUCACAUUUGAUUGCGUCCACCCCCGUCUCCCUUUGGCAAACUAGUUUUCUCCUCAGCACUGGGACAAAAUGUGACGAUUUCUACAUCUUGCCUGGCAUCCACGGCCUGUCACGUUUGCCCUCCCGUUCCCCCACGUUGUCUCACGGCCGUCCCUUUGUGUCCAUGUUGUUGCCACGGCUGCUGGGAACGUUGUGUCGAGGUGGCGUUGAGGUUUAGAUGCUACAAACAAACUUACCUCAUCUUCAUAGGUUCAGUUUUGUGUAAGGGCUUACAGGCAAUAAGCAGUUUUAGUAGGCUGUUCACAGCUGGUACUGUGUCAAUAUCCUGUAUGUCCUCCUUCCAAACUGCGCCAAUCAAGUCCAAGGUCUGAUGAUCUAUGCAAUUAAUUUAUAACCCUUACAAAGGCAAUAGUACACUUCCCAAAAAUAUGACCUCACAGUGGGCACCUUUAAGUGCUGUGACAAAUGGAGACUGCAUAAUAAAGGGAACUUUUGUUGUGA